AUGCCACCCGUAUAUGAUGAUAAGGAUGGUCAUUAUCUGGUGAGGCUCAAUGAAUCACUCACCCCACAGUAUAAAAUCAUGCGGUUGCUCGGUCAAGGCACUUUUGGUAAAGUAGUCGAAUGCUAUGAUAGAGUACGACGGACAUUUUGCGCCAUCAAGAUUAUCAGAGCUAUACCCAAAUACAGAGAUGCGAGCAAAAUAGAGAUUAGAGUCUUGAAUACACUCAAGAAACAUGACCCACUCAAUUUGAAUAAAUGCAUUCAUCUUGUCGAAUGGUUUGAUUACCAAAAUCAUAUUUGUAUGGUCUUUGAAUUACUUGGUCAAUCCGUAUUUGAUUUUCUCAAGGCAAAUCACUUUAAGCCUUUCCCACAUCAUCAUAUCCAACAGUUAGCAAAGCAAUUACUUACCAGUGUCGCAUUCUUGCAUGAUCUCAAGUUAAUACACACCGAUUUAAAACCAGAAAACAUUCUACUCGUCAACCGAGGUAGCAACACAUUGGAUGAGAAUACAGACAUUCGAUUGAUUGAUUUUGGAUCUGCUACAUUUGAACAAGAAUAUCAUUCUGCCAUUGUCUCUACACGUCAUUACCGUGCACCAGAGAUCAUCAUGGGCUUGGGCUGGUCCUAUCCCUGUGAUAUGUGGUCUAUGGGAUGUAUCUUGAUCGAGUUUUUUAUUGGUGAUGCUCUCUUUCAGACACAUGAUAACCUGGAACACUUGGCCAUGAUGGAAUCUGUCUUGGGACCUAUACCAACUCAUAUGGUAACGAGGGCUAGUAAAGAAGCGCAAAAACUGUUUGAAAAAGAUAGCAAAAAGCUCAAUUACCCUCUAUCCAAAACAUCAAGACAGAGUAAGCGAUUGGUGAGUGGUUUAAAGCCAUUGGAUCAAAUCGUGCCUCCCGUGACAACCUUCAACAAGCAUUUAAAUGAUUUGUUAAAAAGACUACUAGUCUAUGAACCAUCUGCUCGUAUAUCUGCAAGGGAAGCUCUCAGACAUCCUUUCUUUCAAAACCAAUGCAUGGAUUGA